AGCCUGGUCGGUCAUCCAAAAAAGCAAUCGGAAUUUGCCAAUCUUUUGUCAAAGUUAUCGGAGUCCACUCGUCGGCAUCACUCUAGACAAACGACAAACUUGAGUUGCGUUAUGUCGCAGGUCACCAUCAGGUCGAAUCAGGUGUCUGGCCAGUCCCAGCAGACUGGGUCGACCGAGACAAUGAAGUCAUAUCUCUACAGCGGCCCUAGCACAGCAACAGAGAGGCUCGUCCAAGGAAAUAUCAUGUCUGAUCAGGAUAUCACAGAUAGAGUGCGGCGGGUGCAGUUGCAAUUAGAGAUAUUAGUGAGACAGGCCAAGGGGCAGGAUCCUCAACCAUCUUAGGGCCGAGAAGUUGUUGUUAAAACAAAGUGUACUUGCGAG